CGAGUUCCAACAUGGCGCACGCUGGCGGCGGCGGCGGCGUCGGCCCUGCGGGCCGGGGGCUGAGCGGCGCCCGCUGGGGUCGCUCGGGCUCCGGGGGCCACGAGAAACUGCCGGUGCACGUGGAAGACGCCCUCACCUACCUGGACCAGGUGAAGAUCCGCUUCGGCAGCGAUCCUGCCACUUACAAUGGCUUCCUGGAAAUCAUGAAGGAGUUCAAGAGCCAGAGCAUUGAUACUCCUGGUGUCAUCCGACGAGUGUCGCAGCUCUUCCAUGAACACCCUGACCUCAUUGUUGGAUUCAACGCUUUCCUUCCUCUCGGCUACAGAAUAGACAUUCCCAAGAAUGGCAAGUUAAACAUACAGUCGCCUCUGUCGAACCAGGAGAAUUCGCACAACCACAGCGACUGUGCAGAGAACGUGAAGCAACAGGUGCUGUACAAGGAGGACAAACCCCAGGUGCCCUUGGAGUCCGAUUCCGUGGAGUUCAACAAUGCCAUCAGCUACGUGAACAAAAUUAAGACCCGCUUUCUGGACCACCCGGAAAUCUACAGGUCCUUCCUGGAGAUACUGCACACCUACCAGAAGGAGCAGCUGAGCACGAAGGGCCGUCCCUUUCGAGGCAUGUCUGAAGAGGAGGUGUUCACCGAGGUGGCCAACCUCUUCCGCGGCCAGGAGGACCUGCUCUCCGAGUUUGGACAGUUCCUGCCUGAAGCCAAGCGCUCCCUCUUCACAGGAAAUGGGCCAUGUGAAAUGAAUAGUGUUCAAAAGAGCGAGCAUGAGAAGAAUCUGGAGCAUAGCAAAAAGCGCUCCCGGCCCUCCCUCCUCCGUCCCGUGUCUGCACCAGCAAAGAAGAAGAUGAAACUCCGUGGCACCAAAGACCUGUCCAUCGCCACCGUGGGCAAGUACGGCACUCUGCAGGAGUUCUCUUUCUUCGACAAGGUGCGCCGGGUGCUGAAGAGCCAGGAGGUCUAUGAGAACUUCCUCCGCUGCAUCGCCCUCUUCAACCAGGAGCUGGUGUCCGGCUCUGAACUCCUCCAGCUGGUUGGCCCGUUCCUAGGGAAAUUUCCAGAACUCUUUGCACAGUUCAAGUCCUUCCUGGGGGUGAAAGAGCUGUCCUUUGCCCCACCCAUGAAUGACAGAUCUGGGGACGGAAUAAGCCGGGAGAUCGACUAUGCCUCAUGCAAGCGCAUCGGAUCCAGCUACCGGGCGCUCCCCAAAACCUACCAGCAGCCCAAGUGCAGUGGGAGGACAGCCAUCUGCAAAGAGGUGCUGAAUGACACCUGGGUGUCCUUCCCCUCCUGGUCUGAGGACUCCACCUUCGUCAGCUCCAAGAAGACGCCCUACGAGGAGCAGCUGCACCGCUGUGAGGAUGAGCGCUUCGAGUUAGACGUUGUCCUGGAGACCAACCUGGCCACGAUCCGGGUGUUGGAGAGCGUCCAGAAGAAGCUGUCCCGCAUGGCGCCGGAAGACCAGGAGAAGUUCCGGCUGGACGACUGUCUGGGGGGCACGUCAGAAGUGAUCCAGCGCCGUGCCAUCCACCGCAUUUACGGCGACAAGGCCCCAGAGAUUAUCGAGAGCCUGAAGAAGAACCCUGUCACCGCCGUCCCCGUUGUCCUAAAAAGGCUGAAGGCCAAGGAGGAGGAGUGGCGGGAGGCCCAGCAGGGCUUCAACAAGAUCUGGCGGGAGCAGUACGAGAAGGCCUACCUCAAGUCCCUGGACCACCAGGCCGUGAACUUCAAGCAGAACGACACCAAGGCCCUCCGCUCCAAGAGCCUGCUCAACGAAAUCGAGAGCGUCUAUGACGAGCACCAGGAGCAGCACUCGGAGGGCCGCAGCGCCCCCUCCAGCGAGCCGCACCUCAUCUUCGUGUACGAGGACAGGCAGAUCCUGGAGGACGCGGCCGCCCUCAUCAGCUACUAUGUGAAGCGGCAGCCAGCCAUCCAGAAGGAGGACCAGGGCACCAUCCACCAGCUGGUGCACCAGUUCGUGCCCAGCCUCUUCUUCUCCCAGCAGCUGGACCUGGGUGCAUCUGAGGACUCUGCCGACGAGGGCCGGGCCAGCCCCCCGGGGCAGGCUGCAGACCCUGGCGGCGACCGGAAGAAGCCGGCGCCCGGGCCUCAGAGCAGCCCCCCAGAGGAGAAGGGGGCCGCAGGCGAGGCGCCGGCCCCAGAGCCGCAGCCGCCGCAGCACAAGCCCCUGGACGACGUCUACAGCCUCUUCUUUGCCAACAACAACUGGUAUUUCUUCCUGCGCCUCCAUCAGACGCUGUGCUCCAGGCUGUUGAAAAUCUACCGCCAGGCGCAGAAGCAGCUUCUGGAGUACCGCACGGAGAAGGAGCGGGAGAAGCUGCUGUGCGAGGGCCGCCGUGAGAAGGGCAACGACCCUGCCAUGGAGCUGCGGCUGAAGCAGCCGAGUGAAGUGGAGCUGGAGGAGUACUACCCGGCCUUCCUGGACAUGGUGCGGAGCCUGCUGGAGGGCAGCAUCGACCCCACGCAGUACGAGGACACGCUGCGCGAGAUGUUCACCAUCCACGCCUACGUGGGCUUCACCAUGGACAAGCUGGUGCAGAGCAUCGCCCGGCAGCUGCACCACCUCGUGAGCGACGACGUCUGUCUGAAGGUGGUGGAGCUCUACCUGAACGAGAAGAAGCGGGGUGCCGCUGGUGGGAACCUGUCCUCCCGCUGCGUCCGUGCCGCCCGGGAGACCAGCUACCAGUGGAAGGCCGAGCGGUGCAUGGCCGACGAGAACUGCUUCAAGGUGAUGUUCCUCCAGCGCAAAGGGCAAGUGAUCAUGACCAUCGAGCUCCUGGACACCGAGGAAGCCCAGACGGAGGACCCCGUGGAGGUCCAGCACCUGGCUCGGUACGUGGAGCAAUAUGUGGGAGCGGAGGGUGCCUCCAGCUCGCCCACCGAGGGCUUCCUCCUGAAGCCCGUGUUCCUGCAGAGGAACCUCAAGAAGUUCCGCCGGUGGCAGUGUGAGCAGGUGCGCGCGCUCCGUGGCGAGGCCAAGAGUUCCUGGAGGCGGCUGGUCGGGGUGGAGAGCGCCUGCAACGUGGACUGCCGCUUCAAGCUCAGCACCCACAAGAUGCUGUUCAUCGUGAACUCCGAGGACUACAUGUACCGCCGAGGGACGCUGUGCCGGGCCAAGCAGGUGCAGCCCCUGGUCCUUCUGCGCCACCACCAGCACUUUGAGGAGUGGCAUAGCCGCUGGCUGGAGGACAACGUGACAGUGGAGGCAGCCAGUCUGGUGCAGGACUGGCUGAUGGGUGAGGAGGACGAGGACAUGGUGCCCUGCAAGACACUCUGUGAGACGGUGCAUGUGCACGGCCUGCCCGUGAACCGCUACCGCGUGCAGUACAGCCGCCGCCCCGCCUCCCCCUGAUGCCCCCGCGCAGGUACCUCCACGGCGCACUGCAUGGUGCGCGCGCUUCCUCGGCCUGCGUGUCCCUCGGGCGUCUUCAUCAACAACAUGAGGGGUGCAGAGCGUCCCCCAGCCUUGCUGCUAUGGGCUGAGCUCCAGAGGAGGGCGGGCGGCAGCGGCUCUCGGCCCCACGCUUCAUCCCUCUUGGCUUCCCCACUCCCCUUUGGGCCCAUCCUGUGCCAAACCUGACACCCCUCGCACUUAAACUAUGGGGGUUUGGUCCCCACGGGCGCGGGGAGGAUGAGUGCACUGGCCCAGGCACAAGUAAGCACGCUCACACGUCUGCGGGGCCGCUCCUGCCAUGCGUGCCAAACCCCCAGGCCUGGGGCCGCAGGCCUCUCCUGCACAUGGUGAGAGUCGGCGAAGAGCCGCGCCAGGCCUCACGUUGGGAGGAAGCAGCCUUUGAGAACCCCUGGGCUCCUGAGGAAUCAGGCCUAGGUGGACUUGCUUGAAAAGCAUGUCCUUCCCGAGGGGCUCUGAGAGCUGCCAGAAACAUUCCCCAAGCUGGACACCUGCAUCUGAUGGUUUGGGCAUUGGCUUGACCCAGCCGGCACGGGUCCUCCACCACUUUGAAAAUGAGACAAGCCCGCUCAGCCCAACUCUUGGGGUCCCACUUGGAUGUCCAGAUGUGGAGUUGGGUAGGCGGCACCAGGACUGCCCAGAAGACCCUGCUGUGGGAAAAAGAGGCCCAAACCCUGUGUUGAUCCAAUAGCUGGACUCUGUGCCCUAAGGGGAGGGGGCCUCUCCUGACGCAUCCGCUGAGCUCGAGUGCCCCCUCCCUGGGAGGGCCCCGGGGUGCAAUUGUGUACCUAAGAUGGACAUUCUAGAAGUAUAUAUAUGCACACACCUAUUUAUUCCUCUGUGCUCAUAGUGUUGUAACUUCUACAAUGGCCAAAUGCCACAGCUUCUCUGGGGGUGACUGCCCUCCUUGUGGAAUUCCACAUACCCACCCCAGCGCCUCCAUUCCUGCGGCCACCACCCCGGAGUGGGCACGGGUGUGAGGGGCGGAGGGCUUUCUGUGCCAAGAAUGCCAAGUAGUUCGGGCCAGGGAACAGCCCUUUGAACCAUGAGACGCUCUGGCCAGGCCCCUGGCCCCAUCAGACACAGGUGGGCUCCCCCGACACGCGAGCCCGGUGGCACCGCUGAGCAGCCGCCGCCUCUAGCCGCAGCGCUCGCCUUCCUGCAGCUGAGCUGUGCCAGACCCAAGGUUCCAGAAAUUCUAGAAGUUACCUGGGGAACUCUAGGUUUGCGAAGCCUUAGACUCCAGGCCAACCUGCCCCGCCCGGGUGUCUCCUCGCCCAUGUUUUCUCAAGUGUAAUUCACGCACUUUGUACGCAUCCUUGUUUUAUAAGAAGGACACCCACCAGAAUUUCUGACCCAGACCCUCCCGGCAGCCGUCCUCCUCAGGAGCCCGCAGCCCCCCACCUGUGGCUGCGCCCAGGCCUGGGGUGCAGGCCAGACCCCACCGAGCCCCCACCCUGCAUGCUUCUAGGGAGCAUCUCUUCCGUUUCUGAAGAAAUUUCUGUUCUGGGGCUUGUACUUCCUUUGCAGCUGUUUUGAAUGUAGUUUUCCUUUUCUAUUUAUUUGCACAUUAAAGUUAAAUACUGACCUAAA